GGCUCGUUAGAGCAUGGAUGGAACGCUGAUAAUGUCUACCUUGGAAUGUGUAGAUAAUGCUGUAUUGGAAUUAAAUGAGAGACAAGUCCCAUUUACCUGCCGGAUUAAUCUACUGUGGAAAGAGUGGCCUUAUAUAGGAAAGAAGAGCCCCGACCUUGGGGAGUAUGAUCCCCUCACCCAGGCCGACAGCGAUGAGAGCGAAGAUGAUCUUGUGAUUAACCUGCAGCAGAAGAACGGAGGGGUCAAAAAUGGGAAGAGCCCUCUGGGAGGAGCACCAGAGCCUGACUCUGAUGCAGAGGCUGCCGGGCCUGCAAAGCCACAUCUCUCCGAAGUCACCACAGAGGGCUACCCCCCGGAGCCCCUUGGGGGCUUGGAGCAGAAGGCAACCUCCUCCCUUGUGUCCUACGUGCGCACGUCCGUCUUCCUGCUGACGCUGGGGGUGUCGAUGGUCUUGGUGCUCCUCUGUGCUUUCCUCAUCCCCUGUCCCCCCAGAGAUCUGCACAGCACUUGGAGCCAUCGCUUGGGCUCUCAGGGAGGUGGGGACCUGUCUCCACUGGAAUUGGCUGAUGUGAAUGGAGACGGCCUGCGGGAUGUGCUCCUCUCCUUUGUGGCAUCAAGGAAUGGGAGCUCAGCAGGUGACUCAAGACCGGCCGCUGAUCUUGUAUGCCUCUCAGGGAUGAAUGGCAGCACCCUGUGGUCCAGUCCCCUCCCAGAAGAGGCCCAGGAUAUCACAUGUUUGGAUCUGAUGCCAGGUAGCAGGGCUGAGAUCAUCUGUCUUGUGACUGGGACACGUAAGAUGCUCAGCGCAUUCAAUGCCACCACAGGGAAGGCCAUCUGGACUCUGAGCCCGGACUCCCUGUCCAGUGGCACCCUGGCUGCCCCUGCGGUGGUGCUGCCGGACUUGGACGAGGAUGGUGUUAGAGACCUCGCAGUUCUGGCCAUCGGGGAAACACAGCCAGAUGUGUGCUUUCUGCUGGUGUCUGGCUGGACAGGGAGCCCAGUGGGCCGACCUGUGAAGUACAGCAUCGUGAGAAUGGGGAAUCUGAUUGGUCCCCAGGUUUACAGCACGGCCAGUGGGGCUGUCUACAUCCUGUUUGGCUUUGGAAAUGUACAAGCUGUCGCCCUGCGAGACAUUUUUGUUCAGGCCCAAAACCGAGACAGCUCACCACCUUCUCUGCAGAUAGAAGAGCCAGAAUGGGAGAAGCGGAGAUCCAUCAACCUGUCUGAGCUCAUUGACAUAUACAGCGAUGGUGUUGAGCUGCUCCAGAUGGUGAAGACCCCUGAUUCCAACUGCAGCAACCUCCUGAUUACAACCAGACAAGGCCUGGUUCUGCUUCGGGGGCAAAACCUUACACCCUACUGGACAUUGAGCCUUCCAGGCCUGUGCAGCCAGCCUACUCCUGGGUAUUUUACUGAUGACCGGACAUUAGACUUCCUUCUGCAGACACAGGAAGGAGUUGGGAUGAAAAAGAUGAUGGUGGUUGAUGGCGACUCUGGCUCCAUCAUUUGGAACUACAGCACUCCAUGUCACAUGAAAGAAACUCCAACCACCUCAGCAGUUACUUCAGACCGGAAGUCUGUCUUCCUGUUCUGGGCAGAAGGGCUGUCGGCUGCACCACCCAAUUCUGAUGCCAUCUUAGGAGCUGAUCCACCCAGCCUUUACCACCUUUACCUCCUACAUCCGACCUUCCCCUCCAUCCUGCUGGACCUGGCCAAUGCCACAGGCACAGUGACGGCCUCAAAGGUUGGAAUCAAUGACCUCUGGAAAGAUGCCUUUUAUGUCACCAGGACGACAGGGCCAGGCUCUGAGGGGCACCCCACACCCGUGGUGGUCAGCAAGCUUAGUCUUCGUUGGGCACUGAUGGAGAGCCAGAUGGUCCAGCUGAAGGAGACCACACCCAAAAUUGGCCGGGGGGAGCUGCGAAGAUUCCUCUCCAGGAUAAAGUUUGUUGAUUCUCCCUAUCAGAUCUAGUCUAAUGGAAUCUUCAGUUUCAGAAGUAAACAGAGCGGGUCCCCUCUGCAGUCAGUGUGGAAGCAGUUCUUUGGAGAGAGGGAGACGUCCCAGGAUGGAUCGCUGCACUUUGGAAGGCAGCUGAUGGAGCUGCGAGGAUGCAUGACCCGCUUGGCUGGGGCCUGGACUACCUUUCCCAUCCCCGUCCUGCGUUAACCCCUCUAGGAACUCUGCGUGGGUAGUUUGGAAAUGUGAAUCUUCUCGGUGUUUUAUUUUUUCAUACAUCUAAUUUAUAAACUGUUGCUGGGGAAUCCAGUAAAGCCUAUGAGUAGGACAUAUUUUGUUUUGCAUUAUGCUGCGUGUAUGUAUUUUUUGGUAUUGUGGUGAGAUUAUUUCCAGACAUGCCCUAAGCUUCAGGGAUCCCAUUUCUUGUCCUCUGGAGAUACCUGUGACUUCAUCAUCUUGAGACUUCCAGAUCGCCUGCCUCUGAUUUUGAGGGUCACCCGUCAUUCUCUCCUUACUCUCUCUCCCGUACCACGGCUACUUCUGAGCUGGUGAGAAAGACUGACAGUGGAGGACCAAGUCACCCAGCCAGCAUUUUCAUCUUUCCUUCCCCAACUUUCCAUCUGUAUUAAGUGGCCAUGACAACAAUCAUGUUCCUAUCACAAGGGGAGCAAGAGAAAUAGUUUCAAUGACUCACUUCUAACCAGGUCGCUAUGUCCUGUCGAAUUUGGUUUUGUUUGCUCUGCCAGGCAUGACCUUUGUUCCUGCAAUGAUGUCAGAGGGCUGGGAGUCAGGGCCCAGGAAGCCCCAUCCUCUCCACUCUGCUUUCUUCGCAUCUCCGCUGGGCAUCUCCGCUGGGCAUCUCCGCAUCUCCUCACCUCCUCUUACCUUGCUUUCUUUUUUAUUCAGGGAUAUGUGUCUGGACUUUUACUUUUGCUACUUGAGUCCAGUAUGCAACCAUUUUGCCCUGUACCUUCCCUUAUAGAGUCUUUGAAGCAUUGUAUUUAGCGAAAAUUCUUAUGCAAACACUAUAAAUUUUAUAAGUGAUUAACCUCUUUAGAAUUAUUUCCAGUACUUUCCCCAUUCUUCUGUACACAUUUAUUUUUUUGUUUUCUUUUUUUUGGUACUGGGGAUCAAACUCUGGUCCUUGUGCUUGUGAAGCAGGCGGCGAAACCACUGAGCUAAAUCCCCGGCCCUGUACACAUUUAUUACUUCUGUUAAGUUCCCUUUUAAACUUCUAGGUCAUUGUCUAUAUAGCAGAAAAUCCAGUGGUAGCUCAUGAAGAGAAAAAACUGCUUUUCUGAUUGAGUACUUUUGAUCUUCCCUGAGUGAAAAUCAGGCUUUCUUCUUACUUGGGCUAGUUUCUCUUUAGCUUGUGUUAAUGAAGGGAUUCCAGAAAAUUAUGGAUUCCAUAUUUCAAGGGAUAUCUAUUAAUUGCUCACUGAUAGGUGUUGCAACAGGGGAUUGGUAGCAAUAUAUCCAAGCAAGUAUAUUGUUUCCACUGCAGACUAUCUGGCCUACAGCUCAGCCGUGCCAGGUUUCUGCUAAGACUCUGAAAACAUAUUUACUUUCAACAUUUUGGAAGUUGUGGGUGGGUCCAGCUUGACUUUAGUAGAACAGUUGAGAGGAUAUUUCAACUACAGAUUCCUUUGUAGGCACUGAAUCUACUUGGGUAAAAGGGCCUAGGUCACAGGGAUGGCGAAUCUUUUGGAGCUUUCAAUAACAACAUCCCUCUGUGGCACGCAUGACAUAGGUUUGCCACCACUGGCCUAGGAUAUAGUUCAAUUAGCUAUAGCGUUCUCAGGACUAAUUUAUAGUGGACCAAAGCCCAAAACUAAUGGUCCUAUGGCUUGGUUAAGCCAUCCAUGCAUAACCUGUUCUCUAACAUGUUGAGGCUUUCUGGGAAGCCAGCCAGCAUAUACAGGAGUAAAAUACAAAGUUGUUUAUUGAAGAUCUGUUUGAGUAGGGUUUGUUUGGACAGAGGGACUAUGUGUAUGCAGGGUAAGUCUCAGACACAGAGAAGAGGAAUCUAGAAACUAGUGUGACUGAAUUCUGCAGAAGUACAUUCUGUGAGUUUGAAUCCCUCCUUGCUACACAUAAUGAAAGCUCCAGGUUUACUUCCUCUUGCAGCUAGUAUAGAAGGAUAGAAGUGAUUCUGAGGACUGAGGAAGUGUCAUCUGUCUGAUAUGAGUGCUGGUCUCUUGUCAGAUGUGUCCUAAACAACCCACUCCUUGCAGGCAACCACCCACCCAGAUACCCAAGACAGGAAGCUGUCCUUUCUCUUCCCAGUCCAAACAGGGUUUCUGGCAAAGCCAGCUGGAUGACUACUUAGCAGCAGUAAUGACUUCUACAAGUGCAAGGGCUUUCCCCACGCAGGCUCUCCUCUUUCCUUCCCUUGUAAACCCUCCCCUCUGUGCUAGGCAGUAUCCUCACUGUCCCCCAAAUAUGUGGCAUGGUUCUACCAACUAACCCCGUGAAUGUGAAUCGCUGUCCUUAUUGUUCACAGGAAAGGAGAGCCAGCUGGUCUGUUGUCUGAAAGCACUAUUUAAAAUGUGAACUGUUAGAGAACAAAUAAAUACCAUGUACCGGAAUGUA